AUGAACUUGCUUAUAAUCAUUUUAUUAUUUAGUGUAGCUAUUAAUUCUAUAUUAUCAAAAGCAAAAGACGUUGGACAAACCAUAAAUAUGAUGGUAUCGUUUUUAACUCUAGAUAAUCGACCAACAUCUCUCUUGAUACCAAAUUUGUGUUGGAGUCAGUAUGAACUAAAAAUGUUGGCUAAAGCAGUAUCAAAAGUUGGCAUAAGUUGGGCCAAUUCUCUGCAACCGAAUAGAAUGGAAAGCUUUCUGCAACAUAAUGUUAUUGUAGCAGAUUUAUCGUGUAAUGCAACAUAUCAAUUCUUGAAUACAGCAAACAAUCAAGGAUAUUUUAAGUCUCCAUAUCGAUGGCUGUUACUAGGUACCACAGAUGUAGACCCUUCCAAUACCCUGCAAGAUCUGAACAUGCUUGUCGAUAGCGAUGUAGUGGUUGCUACUAACGUGGGUGAAGGAAACUUUCUUCUAACUGAAGUCUAUAAAAUUUCGGAAAAAUCUGAAAUGAUUUUAGCAACCAGAGCUAUUUGGCGGCAAGCCAAAAAUAAUGGAUACGAUACUUCUAGUCAUUUUCUUAUCAAAGGAAGCAACCAUAACGAAACGAAUAGAAAUUUAUCGGAACUUAUAAAUAGAAAUGACGGUAAAAAAGUCAACGCACUUGCAAAAAUCUUAGAUAAUAACGGGGUUAUGGAAGAUUAUAGGAACACUAAAGUGCUCUCAAUUAGACGUCGUAAUCUGAGAAAACAUCCUCUUACAAUGGCCAAUGUCAUUACAGAUAGCAAUGAAACAAGGCGCCAUUUGGAUGAUAGAUUACAACUGCAUCAAGAUUCAAUAACAAAAAUGUCGUAUGCAAUCGUAAAAAUAUGUUUCCAAAUGUUGAAUGCUACAGAGAACUUGAUAUUCACUCACACGUGGGGUUACAGAGACAAGAAUGGUAACUGGCAGGGCAUCAUAGAUCAUUUGCUUAAGAAAGAAGCGGAUUUGGGAACUUUAACGAUCUUCACACAAGAGAGGAUGGAAAUCAUCGACUACAUAGCUAUGGCGGGCUCUACUGCUGUCAGAUUUGUCUUCCGCGAACCACCUCUGGCUCUCUUGUCUAAUAUCUUCACACUUCCGUUCACUGGAGCUGUCUGGAUAGCUGUCUCCAUCUGUAUAUUAGCAUGCGCUUUAUUUUUAUACAUCGCGUCUAAAUGGGAAGCCAGUGUUGCUACGCACCCGACGCAGCUUGGCGGCACGUGGGCGGACGUGUUCAUAUUGAUCCUGGGCGCCGUGUUACAGCAAGGGUGCACGCUAGAACCAAGAUAUGCUGCUGGUAGGUGUGUGACCCUCCUCCUAUUCCUAGCACUUACAAUCCUAUACUCCGCGUACUCCGCCAACAUUGUGGUGCUGCUGCGAGCUCCCAGCUCCUCGGUAAGGACUCUACCGGACCUCCUCAACUCACCAUUGAAGCUUGGCGCCAGUGAUUUUGAAUAUAAUAGAUAUUUCUUCAAGAAAUUAAAUGAACCAAUACGAAAAGCUAUUUACAAUAAGAAAAUAGCUCCGAAAGGAAAGAAGCCUAACUUUUAUAGUAUGAAAGAAGGCGUCGAGAAAAUAAGAAAAGGGCUGUUCGCAUUCCACAUGGAGCUGAAUCCUGGAUACAGACUGAUACAAGAAACUUACCAAGAAGAUGAGAAAUGUGACCUCGUGGAGAUUGACUACAUUAACGAGAUCGACCCAUGGAUACCGGGACAGAAGAGAUCACCUUUUAAGGAUUUGUUUAAAAUAAAUUUCAUAAAGAUCAGGGAGACGGGCAUCCAGGCGAACAAUCAGCAUCGCCUGCAGGUGUCUCGACCGCGGUGUUCAGGCACGCUCUCGGCGUUCAGCAGUGUCGGUUUGACCGACAUGAAACCGGCGGUACUCGCCGCAGUUUACGGCCUGGUACUCGCGCUUGCGGUGUUACUCAUUGAAAUCGCACAUAAACAAUUGUAA